UUUGUUUUUUGGUUGUUUUGUAGCAUUGCGAAAAUUUGAUAUGUAAAUUAAAAUUAAAUACAGCAACUUUUUCGCAUAAAUAAGUAUCUUAAAAUAUAGAGCUGUUAAAUCUAUACUAGUAAAUAGCGGUUUUUUCUCAUACUAGUAGUUUACCUUCAACCAUGACGUCCCAAGCUUUGGCUUCGCUCACAGCUACGUACACGGACUCCGAAGGAGAGGAGGACAUGGAAGAUGGACAGCAAACACCCGACAAGGACGAAGGUAAUGAGAGGGGUCAGUCAGCACCGGUCAGUCCAAAGAACAUCGAGGAAAACAAGGAGGUCGGUUCGGCCCCGGGUUCGCCCAAGAGAACAGCACGACUGGUGUCGUACGUCGAUGACACAAUAGUUUCAGACGAGGAGCAGCUGUCGCCGACCGCCGAGAACCAGGACGACAUGCGGCGGCUCUCCAUGGAGACAGACACGGACGAGGCGGUGCCGAAAUCUGACCCCGACGACUCGCAGGACGGGGUCUCCAUACCCCCGGAGCCGGCGGGCAAGUGUCCCAAGGAACUUCAGGACACCAUAGCCAAAUUCUACAGUAGAAUGAUGACGGAGGGCCUCGACAUGAACAGAAUUAUCCAGGACAAGAAAAACUUCCGAAACCCCAGCAUAUAUGAGAAACUGAUACAAUUUUGUGACAUAAACGAGUUGGAUACAAACUACCCACCAGAGAUAUAUGACCCGCUGAGGUGGGGCAAGGAGUCAUAUUACGAUGAGCUAGCGAGGGUACAGAAAGUGGAAAUGGAUAGAAGAGAAAAAGAGAGGAAGGAAAAAUUUUCAAAAAUAGACUUUAUAUCGGGUGUGUCAAAGAAGGCUGACAGUGAUGAUGACAAAAAGAGGAAGUCAAAGUGGGACCAGGCCGCUCCGAAUGUGUCGAAACUCAACAUCAAACAGCCGGGCCUGGUGCAGCAGUCCCUCACAACCAAUGUCACUGGCACCAAGGGAACCGUCAUAUCUGCAUUUGGAGCCAUUGCUAAGAAACCUAAGUUAUGACCUUAAAAAUCUGCUGAAAUUGCCUUCAUAACAAAAUGUAUAAUUAAG